UCGGAGCGGUGGUUUUAUGUUUAACGGACAGCGAGACGCGAGAGGGUAAAUAUUCUCUUACUUUGGAAUAUUCGCGUAGUGAUACUUCUGAUCAGUCUUGAGUUCAUCGUUUAAGAUCCUGCAUUAAUUCGUGAUUGUCUUUUUAUCGACGAUAAAGUUUCUAAUCGAAGAGAACUUCGAAAUUCGAGAAUGAUUCGUAUAACCAUACAACUAACAUUCAUCAUGGAUGAUUAUAAUGUCGAAGACGCACAGUCCAACACAUUUUAAUGGAGAAGUAGACAGUAUUUAUUAUCCAGACUUUAGUGUGGAUAUUAAUAAGCAGAUGCGAGUCCCUAAAAGCAUUCGCGUAAACGGGGAUUACGGAGAGCAAGAUAGUGCCGUUACAAAUACGACGUGGAAUCAGAUGUCUGGUACGGAGAAGCUUGAAAUGCAUGUGCCAGAAAGGAUUCUUGUCGUCGGACAAGAACAGCAUGUUGGUACCAAGGCGCCACCACCAGAAAUUGUUUUAGAAAAUGCUGUUAUGCGUACCGAGCCUGCUAUAGUCAGAGUACAGACUCCUCCAAGAAUUUUGACUCUGGACAAUCAUUACUUCCCAGCGGUGGAUGAAGAAGAGCUUCUGUCACAUGUCGACGAAAUUGUAAAUCCGGUGAAUGUCAGACCCAGGACAUACAAUACAGAAACGCAGAUAGUGAAACAUGUCAGAGAACCAACUCCCUCUUACAAUGCUCUCGAUGUAUCUCUGCCACCCAGUGAAGAAGUUCAACACUUACGUCGUCAAGUAGGUAAAUUGAAUCGCAGAGUGAUGGCGCUCGAAUUAGACAUGCUGCAUCGUCAGCAGAGAGACAGGAUCUUGUAUAUUGCGACUAUAGCGUAUUUUAUUUUGAAAACCUUCUCCUGGUUAACCAGAAACUGAGCUAUCGAUUGAAAAAGAGGGAGGAAGGAAAGAAAGAUAUUUCAGAGAUGUGUUUGUUUUGCUGGAAGAGGCAAUGUUUUUUAACCAGAAUCCUGUAUUCUUGCUGUAAGAAAGUAUAACCAAAGUCUUUUUAUCACAGUCUUGUAAGAUUAGUUGUCAAGAUAGAGAUGAAGGACGUAUAUAAUACAGGAUAGGUGUGCGUGAGUUUCUAACGCUAGUAGAUAGACAGAUGACGCGCGAAAUGCAUUGAAAAUGACGAUCGAUUGUCUUUGCUGCAUUAAAAGUAAAUCUGGCUUUAAAAGAACGUGUAUGUAUUGUAUUAGGUUUGACAAUAUAUAUAUAUGUAUAUGUUAUUGUUAAUGUAUAUACAGCAAUUUGCGAAACUCUAAUAAAUUGGAUUAAUUUUCAUAUAAUAUAAAUGUAGAAAUGUAGCACGAGUUAUAUUCGUCGAAAUGCGCAUCGAUCUAACUUAUUGUUAGUUUCCUUUCUCAGUAUUAAUGAAGUGUUUACGAAACAAUUUAUUUUUGUCGCAUGCGAUAUCGUGAAAAUUAUCUAUGCUUAUCUGAGCAUCUUAUCUGAAUCGAUGAUUUACUUUAACGAUAUAUAGUUGCGUUUUCUCUGUGGCCAUAGUAUUUGGAAUUGUAAUCUUGUCCAACGUAUAUUGCGAUUAAUAAAAUCAAUAAAGUUAUUACAUUAUAUAU